AUGGAACGAGCAUCCAGGUGUCUAGAGGGCGCCAAAGAAAACGAGUCGAUCGCCUAUCUUCGCUUUUGGUACAAAGAUCCGCGGGCCAACUCGGAACACGAGGCGGAUGAGAGUGAGGAUGAGCAGGACGAGGACGAAGACCUGGACGACAACAGCAGCAGAGCGAACUCGGAUAGCAACGACAUGGAUAUCGACGACGAUUCGGUGAUUGUGAUCAAGGAUGAGGACGAUGACAGGAUAUGCCUCGACGGUAGGGAAGGCUCGGCAAGUUCUGCCACCACGGCAAGCUCAAACACUUUGCCUGUACAAUCGCCCCGGACGUUUGAGUUGGAGGCUGUGGUUUCGUGCACAUCAGACGGACUGGUCGUCGUGCUGCGCAGGGCACGACCACCGAUCCCCGACCUGCAGCCCGUGGUUCCUUCGGCGUUCAACUACCAGAAUGGCCUCUUUGCAGCACCGUGGGCCCAACAACCGAUCGAACCCUACAUACCGCCCGAUCUCCUCUACACGUUCCGCCCGCCAUUUCUUCCCCAGUACAUGCCGCUCCGCGAAAGCGUCAAGGCGGCAGGCGGACCUCCGAUGGACCACCUAAUGCGAUCGAUCCGGGAUGUGGCCGUGUUUGCCUGGGCGUUAACCGGUAUCAACGGAAAUAUGGCCGCCUAUGGUCACGGCAUGCCGAGGAGAGGAGCGCAACCACAGGAUAGGCUUCCAGUGUGGGAUCCAAAUGGCAACAAUCAAGAACAGGGAAAGGCGGCAUAUGAAGCGAACCACCACCCACUAGCCGGGGCCCCUCAUGGUUACGUUCGAACUCGGCAUGCAUCAUUAGACGACGGAAUGUAUGGGAAUCAUCAACAAUACAGUCGGAACUCAUGGUCACCACCGGCAGCGGCACCAUCGCCUUAUCGGUACGGCGGCGGAUAUGAGGCCAGUCAGCAGCAGCAGCAACAUCGAACUUAUUACUCUCAACAAACACAAUCACAAGCAGCACAACCAGGACCGGCCCGUUGCCAGCUACAAACACCACAAUGGGGCGAGCCAUCAUCAUCUCGCUCAUCAAUACCCAACCACGGGCCACUCCCACCAAAUACGGGUGAGCCAUCGGCAUCAACUCGAUAUUUCUGGCAGUAA